UACAGCAAAGUGAAUCAGCCAUACGUAUACAUAUGUCCCCUCUUUUUUAGAUUUCCUUCCCAUUUAGGUCACCACAGGUCACUGAGUAGAGUUUCCUGUGCUGUACAGUAGGUUCUCAUUAGUUAUCUCUUUUAUACAUGAUAGUGUAUAUGUGUCAAUCUGAAUCUCCCAAUUCAUCCCACCCCCUUCUUCCCCCCUUGGUAUCCAUAAGUUUGUUCUCAACGUGUGUCUCUAUUUCUGAUUUGCAAAUAAGUUCAUCUGUACCGUUUUUCUAGAUUCCACAUAGAAGUGAUACUAUACGAUAUUUGUUUUUCUCUUUCUGACUUACUUCACUCUGUAUGACAGUCUGUAGAUUUAUCCACAUCUCUGCCAAUGGCACUAUUUCAUUCCUUUUUAUGGUAGAGUAAUAUUCCAUUGUAUACAUGUACCACAUCUUGUUUAUCCAUUCCUAUGUUGAUGGACAUUUUUUUAAAAUAUUUAUUUAUUUAUUUGCUUGCAUGGGGUCUUAGUUGCAGCAGGCGGGCUCCUUAGUUGCGGCUCUAGGGCUCCUUAGUUGCGGCUUGCCGGCUCCUUAGUUGCAGCACACAGGCUCCUUAGUUGUGGCCUGCGAACUCUUAGUUGCGGCAUGUGUGUGGGAUCUAGUUCCCUGACCAGGGAUCGAACCUGGGCCCCCUGCAUUGGGAGCAGUCUUAUCCACUGUGCCACCAGUGAAGUCCCAUGUUUUAUGUAAUUUUUAUUGGGCCGUUAUUUCUUAUUACAAAAAUAACUUAUGAGCAUUGUGCAUAUGUCUUUUUGAAUUAGAGUUUUCUCUGGAUAUAUGCCCAGAAGGGAGAUUGCUGGAUCCUAUGGUAGCUCUGUUUUUAGUUUUUUAAGGAACUUCCAUACUGUUGUCCAUAGUGGCUGUACCAAUUUACAUUGGCACCAACAGUGUAGGAGGGUUCCCUUUUCUCCACAUUCUCUCCAGCAUGUAUUAUUUGUAGACUUUAAUGAUGGCCAUUCUGACUGAUGUGAGGUGAUACCUCAUUGUAGUUUUGAUUUGCAUUUCUCUAAUAAUUAGCAGUGUUGAGCAUCUCUUCAUGUGCCUUUUGGCCAUUUUGUAUGUCUUCUUUGGAGAUGCCUAUUUAGGUCUUCUGCCCAUUUUUUGAUUGGGUUGUUUGCUUUUUUGAUAUUAAGCUGUAUGAGCUGUUUGUAUAUUUUGGAAAUUAGUCCCUUCAGUAGCAUAAUUUGCAAAUAUUUUCUCCCAGUCCAUAGAUCGUCUUCUCAUUUUUUUUUAUGGUAGGAUCAGAAGUCUUUAUGGUAGGGAUACUGUGUUUGGUUGUGCUGGUUGUUAACUGUCCAGUGGCUGCUGGCUGACAGUCCUGCUAGUAGCUGCAGUCUACUCCACGCUCUGCUUACCAAGCUGUAUGUGAGCACCUCUGCCUGGGAGUACGAGUGCUCAUGUGUAAUUUCUGCAGAGAUCCACAUGGGCUCCUGACAGCCCUGGCCUGCAUCUCAUGGCUUCUUUGUCCUUCCCUAGUUAUGCCUUCUCAAGAAUCUGACCUUCCCCGGAAGGAGUGGGAGAAAAUGACUGAGUUUCAGGAGGCAGUGACCUUCAAGGACGUGGCCGUGACCUUCACCGAGGAGGAGCUGGGGCUGCUGGACUCUGCCCAGAGGAAACUGUACCAGGAUGUGAUGGUGGAGAACUUCCGGAACCUGGUCUCAGUGGGACAUCUUCCCUUCAAGCCAGAUAUGGUGUCCCAGUUGGAGACAGAAGAAAAGAUUUGGAUGAUGGAGAGAGAAACCCAAAGAAACGGGCAUUCCAGUGAGAACUGCAAAGCUAUUAUUUCAGGCAGCAAGAAUCCCGAUGAGGUGGAGACUCUUGGAAAAGUCGCAUUAAAAUACCUUUCAUGUGAAGAGCCGUCUUGCUGGCAAAUCUGGAAACAGGUCGCAAGUGAUUCAACGUGCUGUCUUCAGAGGAGGACUUCCCAUUUCCUACAAGGUGAUUCUCUUCAGAUUUCUGAAAAUGAGAACCAUAUGAUGAACCACAAAGGCGAUAGUUCCAGUUACCUUGAAAAUCAAGAGUUUUUGAUUUCGAGAACCCAGGAUUCCUGUGGGAAUAUGUAUGUGAGUGAGUCAGGGAAUCAGAGUAGAGGUAAGCAAAUGAACGGGAAAAACAACCCAUGUAUAUGUGAAGCCUUCAUGAAGAAAUCACCCCUGAGUGAUCCUGUUACAACUGACACAGAACAGAAACCCUGCAAAGGAGACACACUGUAUCCCUGUAGAGAGUGUGGGAGAAGCUUCAGUGAUAGCGAAGUGCUCCCAGUUCAUCCGAGGGUUCACCUGGGAGAGAAAUGCUCCCAUCUGCAAAGUCAUCAAAGAAUUCACCCGCGAGGAAAAGUCGAUAAAUGUCGUGAAUCCGGCGAUGGUUUCAAUAGGAACUCCUUUCAUCCCCGUCAAUCUAAUCACACGGGAGAGAAGUCCUAUAGGUGUGACAGUUGUGGCAAGGGAUUCAGUAGCAGCACAGGCCUUAUCAUCCACUAUAGGACACACACGGGGGAGAAGCCUUACAAAUGCGAGGAGUGCGGUAAAUGCUUUAGCCAAAGUUCAAAUUUUCAGUGCCAUCAGAGAGUCCACACCGAAGAGAAACCGUACAAGUGCGACGAGUGCGGGAAGGGCUUCGGCUGGAGCGUUAACCUUCGUGUUCACCAGAGGGUCCACAGGGGUGAGAAACCCUAUAAGUGUGAGGAGUGUGGGAAGGGCUUCACACAGGCCGCGCAUUAUCACAUACAUCAGAGGGUCCACACCGGGGAGAAACCCUACAAAUGCGAUGUCUGCGGCAAGGGGUUCAGUCACAAUUCCCCUUUGAUAUGCCACCGGAGGGUCCACACUGGAGAGAAACCGUACAGAUGUGAGGCGUGCGGGAAGGGCUUCACCCGUAACACAGAUCUUCACAUCCACUUCCGUGUCCACACGGGAGAGAAACCCUACAAAUGCAAGGAGUGCGGGAAGGGCUUCAGUCAGGCUUCCAAUCUUCAAGUCCACCAGAACGUCCACACCGGGGAGAAACGAUUCAAAUGCGAGACGUGUGGGAAGGGCUUCAGUCAGUCGUCAAAGCUGCAGACCCACCAGAGAGUCCACACGGGGGAAAAGCCCUACAGAUGCGACAUGUGCGGUAAGGACUUCAGUUACAGUUCAAAUCUUAAACUGCACCAAGUCAUUCACACUGGAGAAAAACCGUAUAAAUGUGAGGAGUGUGGGAAGGGCUUCAGUUGGAGAUCAAACCUUCAUGCUCAUCAGAGAGUCCACUCAGGAGAGAAACCCUACAAAUGUGAGGCGUGUGAUAAGAGCUUCAGUCAGGCCAUAGAUUUCCGGGUCCAUCAGAGAGUCCACACGGGCGAGAAACCCUACAAGUGUGGUGUCUGUGGGAAGGGCUUCAGCCAGUCCUCUGGUCUUCAGUCCCAUCAGAGGGUCCACACUGGGGAGAAGCCCUACAGAUGCAACAUGUGUGGAAAGGGCUUUCGUUACAGUUCACAGUUUAUAUACCACCAGAGGGGCCACACUGGUGAAAAGCCUUACAAAUGUGAGGAGUGUGGGAAAGCCUUCGGGCGGAGCUUGAAUCUUCGCCAUCACCAGAGGGUCCACACAGGAGAGAAACCCCACAAGUGUGAGGAGUGUGGGAAGGCCUUCAGUCUCCCCUCCAAUCUUAGAGUCCAUCUGAGUGUUCACGCUCGGGAGAAACUGUUUAAAUGUGAGGAGUGUGGGAAGGGCUUCAGUCAGAGUUCUCGGCUUCACGCCCACCAGAGGGUCCACACAGGAGAAAAACCAUACAAGUGUGACAUAUGUGGUAAGGACUUCAGUCACCGUUCACGGCUUACAUACCAUCAGAAAGUCCACACUGGCAAGAGUCUUUAAAAGUGAGAAGUCUGUUAGACUUCAGUCAGGAUGCACAUCUUCAAGGUUUUAGAGAGUCCAUGCUGCUGAUAAACUCUAUGAAGUUUUGAGAGUGGAAAGGGAUUCCUUCAGAUGGAAUCUUCCCAGCAAAUCCAUUAAAAUGGUGACAUAGAACCAUACAUAGUAACAGGGGAGAAAUAGGUUGUAACCCUCUUGGUAAGAUCCACGUGAUAUAAAUGAUCUCAAAGUGAAUAUAUGCCUAAAGACAGUGUGUGAAAAGGAUAUUUGCCAUAUACUAGUUUUUUUUUUUGAGGGGGGAUGUCAAGGAGGCCUUUGGGGUUAUUUUUCCAUCAACUUCCAUUUUAUACUUGUUUACAGUGACCAUUAUUUUUACUAAAGCUGUAAAACUAUGAAAAAUGAAUAAAAUUACUAAAAAUUUCCUGUAGCCAAGAAUUUGUAAUAUGAUUGCUUUAUUUCAUCUGAUACAUUGGAUUAAAAUUAAGGAAUAGAUCCCCAGAGAUGAACCUUUGAUCUUCAGAAGUAAAUACAUAUCUGCCGCAGAUGUAUAUAAAGGAAUGUUCAUUGCAUUAUUGUUUAUAAUAGCAAGCAUAGAAAUAAUCAGUUGGGUUGCCAAAGUAUUUUAUGAUUUACUUAUCCAGUGCAAAUUUUGCUAUGGAUGUUGGAAGAUGUCCAGAAUACAUUAACCUGGAAAAACACAAAGCAUGGAAUUUUUGUGUGAUCUCAUUAAAAAAGAACAAAAAAGUAUUUAUUUUUA